CGAGCUGACGUUGGAACUCAAGUAGAAAGCAGAGGCAGCUUUGCCAGCAGCAGGACAAGUUUAGUCUCAGUCUGGGACACAGCUCAGGACUGAUGCUGAGGAGCUGGAGCACCUUUUGUGUGAGAAAAUGACAUCUGGAGGGUAUUUUCCUAUGAGACAACUCUUCAAAAACAAUGACCCUGAACUGAAGGCAAAGAGCAGGUCAAUAGAGAUGUGCUUCUCGUGAUGCUGACCAAAUUUCUGGGGAGGUAUAUCAGCUCCAAGCAGUGUCAGCAACUUCUUGUAAUGCUUAAGUUACAGGACAAAACCAUUAUCAAGUUUGAAGAGUUAUAUGCAGCAGUCCGUGACCCUGCUAUUUCUGGGGCUACAACCUGGCUUGAUCCAGUCAGUCACAGACAUACGGAUAGACCUACAAUGACUGCAUCACAGGUUCAUGUGCAACUGAAAGAAAAAGUGAAGCAGAGGUCACUGGAUAUUGCUGAUCUGAUACCCCAGAAGAACCCAGAAAGUGAUGUGAGGAUUCUGAAGCCUGAGUUUAAGAACAUGCUUAGCAAGAUGGGCUUCCCCAUGGGCAGUGAGGAAUUUGAAAAGCUUUGGCAAAGAUAUGACACAGAAGGUAUGGGAGUUCUCAAGGGAGAGCUGCUUCUUAAAAAACUAGGAGCGGAGUACCAAAACGGAUCUUCAAACAAUGCUAAAAUUUCAGGACAAAACAGAGAAAUUUCAAAAGUGGAGCAGGAACGUAGAGCUUCCCUAGGCAUAGAAAGGUGGCUGAAAGAUAAAUUCAGAGAAGGGGUGAGAAGCAUGAAAGAAGAGUUUGAAAAAUAUGAUUCACAAAAAACAGGCAAGGUGAACAAAGAAACUUUCCUGUCAGUCCUACGGAAAUUUGAUAUGGAUCUCAAAAAGGAGCAUUUUAACCUCUUCCUGGCAAGAUGUGGCCUUGAAAACAGUCAGAAUGGGAUCAGUUACUUGGAUCUUAUAAGACACUUCCAGGAUCGCAGUGACAGGGAUCACACAAAAAAUUCUCUCUAAUCCCAGGCACAAAUUUCAUUGGGAAGAGAGUAUCAGCUCAGCCUCCACUAUGACUGAAAUUGAAGUCAAACUGGCAAAUUUAUUUCAGUCUGAUUUCCUUU